UCCAUCCCAAGUGUCACUCAUCAUCUCUUGUAAUCUCAGUCACUCGUGUGUAUUCUCAUUGUGCUCAGUGUGUAAUGUCAGAGCACUGCAGGUAACUGAGCGCCCACUGACUGAGCCUCAGUCUGGCAGUGACUACCCCCAUUUAUAAUAUUGCCCAGGAUACUAGCACAGGAGGGCGAUCACAUCACUAUAAGAUAUCCCGCCCUCCCCUUGAGAGCAGUCGCCACGUCUGAAUGAGGCUCAUUGUCAGGGUACAGGAGAAGGGAGAGAGACCUGUUAUCUGAGAAUCAUGGCCAGACUACGAAUUAACGGCCCAGCAGUUGCGGCAUUUGUUGGAAUCUCAACGGCUCUGUUAUUUGUGUUGUACUCCAAUCAAAACAUUUUUGUGCCAAACAAUGAAGAAAGAGCAGCUAAAGUCCAUCUUCUCAUCCUCUCUUCCUGGAGGUCAGGCUCCUCUUUUAUUGGUCAGAUCUUCAGUCAACAUCCAGAUGUCUUCUACUUGAUGGAGCCAGCUUGGCAUGUCUGGGUAGCCAUGUUUCAAAAUAACGCCAACGUUCUGCACAUGGCAGUGAGAGACCUGAUUAGAUCAGUUUUCUUGUGUGACAUGUCUGUGUUUGAUGCCUACAUGACAGGAAAGAGGAAUGUGUCAGACCUUUUUCAGUGGGCUGUUAGUAGGGCGCUAUGCUCAUUUCCUGCAUGUAAUUCAUACACUCGUGAUGAUAUCACCAAUGAAAUGUCGUGUAAAAAAAAAUGUGGAAAAUAUCCUUUUAGCAAGAUUGAAGAAGCGUGUAAAACAUACAGUCAUAUUGUUUUAAAAGAGGUCCGCUUCUUUGACCUAAAAGUCUUAUAUCCACUUUUGAAUGAUCCUUCCUUAAAUAUAAAAAUUCUGCACUUGAUUCGGGACCCAAGAGCUGUUGUUAAAUCACGAGAACAAUCUUUAAAAGCUUUAUCUCGAGAUAACGGCAUUGUCCUCAACACAAAUGGUACAAAAGUAGAUGAUACCAAGUAUGAAGUAAUGCGUGCAAUCUGUAGAAGUCAUGUCCAAAUAUAUGAGACCGCCAGUCAUAAAACUCCAAGCUUCCUCAAGGAUCGUUAUAUGUUGGUCCGUUACGAGGAUGUUGUUCGGGAUCCUUUAAGAGAAAUUACAGAGAUGUAUAAAUUUGCAAAUCUUAAAAUGACAAAUAAACUUAAGAACUGGAUCUUUAAUAUAACGCACGGUCAAGGCCCAGGGAACAAAAAGGAAGCAUUCAAAAUCACAUCAAGGGAUGCGGUAAAUGUGUCUCAAGCUUGGAGGCAUAUUCUUUCAUUUCAGAAAAUCAAAAAGAUACAAGACGUGUGUAAAGGUGCUAUGAAUAUGUUUGGAUACCAAAUGAUAGAUUCAGAGAAAGAACAAAAGGAUCUAUCUGUUGAUUUUGUAUUACCACGAAGACAAUACCAGUUCAGAUGGGCCUCAUCUAACGGGAAAAAAUAAAACUUUUUUUUUAAAUAUAUUUAUUAAACGUGACUGUCAAAAAUAAACUGAAAAUCUAUA